AACAGUAAUAAGAGAAAGUGAGUUUUGUAUAUUUUGUUGUGACUUGAUGUUGGUGGUGUUCAUAUUAAAUAAUAAGUAACAGAAAAUAUAAAAUUCUGAUACUAUCUCGUAGUAAAGUAAUUAUAUGUUUAAAUUUGAAAUGUAAUAUCUCAAUUUAACAUCAGAAAUCUCUGAACAGUCUGAAGAUAGUAAGGUUCAUAUCCAUUAUAGGUUAGUGACUUAGUUACAAGUGAAAAUGGAUAGCAUAUUUGAUAAAGAGUACAUUGGGAUGAGUGACAGUCAGGUUGUUGUCGGUGACAGGAGCGCAUCUGAUGAUUAUAGUUAUUUGCCACCUACUUCAAGUUUUGAAGAACGGCAAAGUGACUAUGGCUCAGAUGAAGGUUCAGUUGAGUGUGAAGUGAAAAGUGAGCCAAUUGAUAAUAUUGAUGAAUCAUCAUCAUCUCAAGCUCGAGGAGAAGAAAUUAACAACAUCCAAGAAACUCUCCUUGGUGGUGGUAGUUAUAUUUUAGGUGACUAUGACUCUAACAAGGAUGCCUCCCAAAACGAUAAGAAUGGUGAUAAAAAGAAGGAAGUAAAGAGUAAAAAGGAACUUGAAGAAGAAGAAAGAGAAAAAAUGCAAGUCUUGGUAUCUAAUUUCACAGAAGCUCAACUAGACAGAUAUGAAAUGUACAGGAGGUCUGCUUUUCCAAAGGCUGCCAUUAAAAGGCUGAUGCAGACAAUCACUGGAGUCUCAGUAUCACAGAAUGUUGUGAUCGCUAUGUCUGGUAUUGCCAAAGUGUUUGUUGGAGAAGUUGUUGAAGAAGCUCUGGAUGUCAUGGAGUCAAUGGGGGAGACAGGACCUGUGCAACCCAAACACCUGCGUGAAGCUGUGCGUCGACUGCGCAAACGCUCAGGCACUCCCAUCAGUAGAACACGCAAAGUUUUUCAAGGACCUUAGAUUUUUUUAUUGUGUAUAUUUUCUUUCAACUUUCGUCAAGGAGUUUUUUGGGUUACUGUAAAUAAAAAUGUGAGUUUACUCACAAUAUUUAAGAAUUA